AUGAAACGCGGCUAUUAUCUCCCAACUGAUGUUCUCAUCGCCGGUGCCGAGAGCUCAUUAGUCAAUGCUUAUGGCCUUGUGACUUCAGCACGACUCAAAGCCCUCGGUGUUGAUAGUGUGAUUAUUGACCGCAAUGGCCAACUCGGUGAUAACUGGAUGAAUCGCUACGACUGUCUGAGGUUUCACGUCCCAACUUCUAGUUGUGAGAUUCCAUAUGCAUCUUACGGAAAGGAUUUACGAAGUCCGCACCGGCUUACCAAGGACGAAGUAGCGAAGCAUUUGCGUCAAUAUGCUGCGAACCUUGGCCUCAAUGUUAUUUUAUCAACAACUAUAGGUUCAAGUUCUUUCGAUACUUCGGAGAAGAAAUGGACCGUUAAGCUUAAGACUAUAGAUGGGAAGCCCGGAAAGACCAUAAUAAGCAAGCAUUUUGUCCAGGCUACCGGAAUAGGGUCUCAAAAGCCAAACCUUCCAACGCUAGAAAACGAGAAUUUGUUCAGAGGCCUUAACCUGCACUCCGUACAUUUUCGCAACGCACAGUCUUUAUCGGAACAAGGAAUCAAGUCUGUUGUUAUUGUCGGCUCGGCUAAUACUGCAUUCGACAUCAUGCAAGACUGCCAUGCUGCGGGCCUAAAUACGACGAUAGUAGCUCGCUCUCCGACAUAUAUCUACCCAUACGAAUAUGUAAUGAAUCCGCAUGCCUUUGGAGCAUAUGAUAACUUGCCCGUCGAAGUAGCCGAUCGGAUUAUGUACACUUUGCCACCAGCUCUUGACGGACAAUUCUCACAUGGCCUAUUCUCUCACCUUGCCUCUCAAGAACCGGAUCGCUAUCUAUCUCUUGCACAAGCGGGCUUCCCAGUCCUUGACAGUAGGGACCCAUCAGUGGAUAUCCAAAAUAUCUUAGUUGAGCGUGGUGGUGGACAUUACGUCGAUGUAGGCGGCACCGAUCUUAUUGCUAAAGGCAAAGUUUCCGUACAUAGGCUUGUCGAGCCCGUAGCAUACACAGAAACUGGAUUGCGGCUUUCUGACGGCAAUUCCCUUGAUACCGAUGCAGUCGUUUGGUGUACGGGGUUUUCUGACAAGGAUGUCCGCACAACGGCAUUGGGUGUCCUUGGUGAGAUAGAUCCUGAUACAAUAAACAAGACUAAUGUUCUUGGUCCUAAGGACAUCAUAGCACGGUUAGAUGCUACAUGGGGGGUAGAUGCCGAGGGAGAAAUUCGCGGUGUGUGGAAACGCCAUUUACGUAUGGAUAAUUACUGGGUGAUGGGGGGUGUCAUCCAGCAACAGCGUUGGUAG